GCGCAGGCGCGCCGCGGCGGCACUCUGCUGGGCCUGGGACGAGCCGGCGGCGGCGAGAUACUAGGGCUGCGGUGCCGUCAGCCUGCCUCGCUCUCACAGUCCGGCUGCCGCGCGUCGCCCGCACACGCGCCGCCAUGGGCUCCUGAGGCCAGCUCAUCGCUUACCCCGAAGGUUUCUCUCAGGAAGCCCCCUGCUGCCAGGCACCAUGACUGUGAGGGGGGCCGCACUGGCCCCAGAUCCAGCGUCGCCCACAACAGCAGCAGCCUCGCCCAGUGUCUCCGUGAUGCCCGAAGGCAGCCCCACAGCCAUGGAGCAGCCCGUGUUCCUGAUGACAACCGCCGCUCAGGCCAUCUCUGGCUUCUUCGUUUGGACGGCCCUGCUCAUCACCUGCCACCAGCCCAGGGCUCGGCUGGGCCAAGCAUGAAGUCAUGGGAGCGGAGACGAGAGACUCUGGCUGCUGGGACUGUGCAUCGUGGUUAGAGCAGUUCUUGGCAUUUAUCUACAUGCACCUGCGCUGCUACAGCUGCCCCAACGAGCAGCGCUACAUCGUGCGCGUCCUAUUCAUCGUGCCCAUCUACGCCUUCGACUCCUGGCUCAGCCUCCUCUUCUUUACCAACGACCAGUACUACGUGUACUUCGGCACCGUGCGCGACUGCUACGAGGCCUUGGUCAUCUAUAAUUUCCUGAGCCUGUGCUAUGAAUACCUUGGGGGGGAAAGUUCCAUCAUGUCAGAGAUCAGAGGGAAGCCCAUCGAAUCCAGCUGUAUGUAUGGCACAUGCUGCCUCUGGGGAAAGACUUACUCCAUCGGAUUUCUGCGGUUCUGCAAGCAGGCCACCCUGCAGUUCUGCGUGGUGAAGCCGCUCAUGGCUGUCAGCACCGUGGUCCUCCAGGCCUUCGGCAAGUACCGAGACGGUGACUUUGACGCCACCAGCGGCUACCUCUACGUGACCAUCAUCUAUAACAUCUCCGUCAGCCUGGCCCUCUACGCCCUCUUCCUGUUCUACUUUGCCACUCGGGAGCUGCUCAGCCCUUACAGCCCUGUCCUCAAGUUCUUCAUGGUCAAGUCUGUCAUCUUUCUCUCCUUCUGGCAAGGCAUGCUCCUGGCCAUCCUGGAGAAGUGCGGGGCCAUCCCCAAGAUCCACUCGGCCCGCGUGUCGGUGGGUGAGGGCACCGUGGCUGCUGGCUACCAGGACUUCAUCAUCUGCGUGGAGAUGUUCUUUGCAGCUCUGGCCCUGCGGCACGCCUUCACCUACAAGGUCUAUGCUGACAAGAGGCUGGACGCACAAGGCCGCUGCGCCCCCAUGAAGAGCAUCUCCAGCAGCCUCAAGGAGACCAUGAACCCGCACGACAUCGUGCAGGAUGCCAUCCACAACUUCUCGCCCGCCUACCAGCAGUACACGCAGCAGUCCACCCUGGAGCCCGGGCCCACCUGGCGCGGGGGUGCCCACGGCCUCUCGCGCUCCCACAGUCUCACUGGCGCCCGGGACAACGAGAAGACUCUCCUGCUCAGCUCUGAUGACGAGUUCUAGGUGCGGCUGCUGGUGGGGAAGGACUGGGACCUUGGCCCAGGGCAAGGUGUGCCCCUCCUCCAGCCUCAUGUCCAGGCUGGGAGGCAGGCUGCCACAGCUUCGGCAGUGCCCUUUAAUUUAUUGGACCAGAAACACAUAUCGCUUCAAGAGGAACAGCCAGAUGCUGUCUGCCCAGAGGAGGGCCCAGGCUCACCCAGGAGCCUUCAGGAAUAUUUAUACAAGGCCAAGGCUCUACUGCCCGGACGACGGGCAGAGGACAGUGGGAGCGACUCCCAUGCCCCUGCGGCUCGUCCUUUGGCGGCAGCAUGUUGGGACCAGCCGUGCCCAGGCCCAGACGCUUGUGUUGUGGACCAGCAGCUGCAGCCUUCUCAGCCCCUCC